GAUGACCAGGGUUGCGGCUGGCGAAAUCCAGAUGGCGUUGGUGGAUUUCGAAUGACAGGCGAUGUGGACGGAGAGUCAAAGUUCGGAGAAUUUCCUUGGGUGGUGACUGUUCUGAAAAUUUCAAAGGAGAAGAAGUUAUUGUACUACAACGGAGCAGGAUCGUUGAUCCACCCAGCGGUGGUGCUAACUGGAGCUCAGGUGGUGACAGAAGACGAUCUCUCGGUGAGAGCUGGUGAGUGGGACUCGAAGACAACGAAGGAGCCCCUGAAACAUCAGCAGAGGAACGUCCAGAGUGUAAUAGUGCACAAGAACUAUCAAAAACGUAACAUGUGGUAUGCUGUCGCCCUUCUAGAACUGGCAUCUCCCUUCAAGAUGGAACCUCAUGUGGGAGUGGUGUGUUUGUCUCCAGCUGGGAUAAGGCCACCAUCAGGAACUCAUUGCUUAGCUGCCGGUUGGGGAAAGACCAGCUUUAACACGCAGCAAUAUCAAAACAUUCUCAAAAAGGUAGAGGUACCAGUGAUGAGUCGCAAAAGCUGUCAGACUGCUCUCCGAACAACCCGUUUGGGGGGACACUUCAAAUUACACAGGUGUUUCACGUGCGCUGGUGGAGUACACGGCGUGGAUACCUGCAAGGGAGAUGGUGGUGCACCGCUUGUGUGUCCUCUACCAGACGAACAAGACCGGUACAUCCAAACCGGUAUAGUGUCUUGGGGGAUCGGUUGUGGUCAGAACGGGAUACCUGGAGUCUACAUGGACGUCAGCUUCCUGCGUCCCUGGAUAGACAUGCAAAUGAGGAAUAUGGGAUAUGACGACUCGACUUAUACUUAUUAA